CUGCCAGAAGACGCGGCCAGAAGACGCGGGGGCUGAACCAAUGAGGGUGCUGGGAGGGCCCAAGGCGGCAGUGAGGUAGACACUGGUGUAAUUGGUAGUUACAGCCGCUCCUCCGUCUCCGUCGCCUUCUGCUACCUCUUCGUCACACUCUCGCCAGGAUGUCGUCCGACCGCAAGGCUGUUGUCAAGAAUGCUGACAUGUCUGAGGAGAUGCAGCAGGAUGCUGUAGAUUGUGCCACACAGGCAAUUGAGAAGUUCAACAUCGAGAAGGAUAUUGCUGCAUACAUCAAGAAAGAAUUUGACAAGAAAUACAACCCCACUUGGCAUUGCAUUGUAGGACGAAACUUUGGCAGUUAUGUGACACAUGAGACGAAGCAUUUCAUCUACUUCUAUUUGGGACAAGUUGCAAUCCUCCUAUUUAAGAGUGGCUAAAGUCUUCUAAACAUCUUCCCCCAUUUAAUGCCAGGGAUAUUCUCCAAGUUAGAUGUGCAUUUCUGGAGCUGGUGAAUGUCCCCGAAAAAAAAAUACUAAUAGAUACCUCUACUCCAUGGGGAUGGAGGAAUUUAGACCACCAUUUCCAAGGGGUUGCUAAUCAUGUAAAGUGCUGCUAGGUUACUAGCAAAAGAGUCAACCUUUGUUUCACAUAAAAUAUGUAAUUUUGUUGUAAUCUAUUGCUAAGCAAAAGUUAGCAAAUGUCUGAGAAUAUAGACGUAUUUGCUUUCACUGGACCAUACCUGGCAGCACUCUGCUUUUGAACUGGUUAUGGCACAUUUUUUUUUAAAUACAUUUCCAGUUAUCUUAAUGUACCUCUUCAUGAGCUGCAAAGCUUUCUUAUUGCGUCAGCCAAGCUGGUGUGGUCACCCGCUGUGCUGCUGUGGCGGGUGACGAGCGUGAAUAUAAUUUAUUUGAUUGUAUUGUGCACAAUUCUCAUCCUGAAUCAUCAAGGAUCCUCUUAAACUUCCCCCUUAGAGUAGGUAGGAUUUAUUACCCCAGUCCCUCUUAAUCCCUGAAGUCCAUUGUUGAAGCACCUCAUUAAAAUUUGGUUUGGUGCAGCUUAUUGUGGGUGCAAACUAAAAGCAUAAUCCUGCCUAUACUGAAACAAGUUACGUACUUAACAAAAAAAUCUAUUUGCUUGUGAUAGAAGUCUCUAGCUAGUAGUUUCAUAUCUAUUCAUCUUGCAACCUGAAGUUAUCGUCUUGUCCGGUAACGAGUUUAUCUUGCUGUUGGGAUUUUUCAGCUUUCAUGUCCAGGAGCAGAAUAAUCUAUCCAGUCAUCCCUACUAAAGUGUAGCUUCAAUAUGUGAAAAUCUCUCACUUCUGAUUGAUUACAAACCCUAAAAUUUUGAGCACACUAAGUGAGGGGUGACAUCCAUAAUUUACAUUUCAUCUUUUCUUGCAUCUUGUUUCAGUCCACUCACCCUACAAGUUGUGGAUCAUGCAUUAAUCUGAAUUUUAACAGCAGCAUUCACUAGUGGAAACUUGUUUAGUAGCUAAUUAACAAUUUUUAUUUUUAAAAAAUGGAAUGAAGAUUGUUUUCAGAACUUUUUUCAGAACAACAAAAGUACCAUUUUAUUAAUGAAGGUCAUUUAUUUUCAUUAUUACAAUAUAACUAAGAAUAUUUUAUUUUAUGAAUGAGAACCAAUCAGUUUUUGGUUCAUAAAUGUUUGUUAUGUCAACUGCUGUGUUCUGUGAUGUUCAAAGUAAAUACAAUCUAUUUAUGUGUA